AUGGAGCCAUCACAUCUUCUUUGCGGCGCAGCAUGCGCUUACUCAGUGUUUCCAGGACCGAAGCUUGCUGCCGCUACUGCAUGGUAUGAGUUUUGUCCGUGGGAGCUUCACGUCGAUGAUCCAAGCUUCUACGAAGUACUCUAUUCGCGAGAGUCGCCUCGCAACAAAUACAAAUUCUACGCCAACAUGUUUGGUAACGAGCGCGCGACAAUUGCCGUCCUGGACCAUGCCCACCACCGACUUCUUCGGUCGAACAUGAAUCCAUACUUCUCCAUGGCGCGGGUUCGCCAGCUCGAGCCGGAAAUACAAACCCUAGCAAAUAAGCUAUGCGAUCGUCUGAAGAGCUUUAAAGGAACGGGUGUGCCGAUCAACACGCAGCAUGCGUACAGCUGUUUUGCGACGGACAUCAUAUCGGAUUAUACUAUGGGGAUCGGAUUUAACUUUUUGGAUACCCCGGAUUUCAGCCCGCAGUGGAGCGCGACGUUGAGUGGGAUCGCGAAGAGCAGUGCAUUCUUCAAGCCGUUUCCAUGGCUGCUUGUGAUUAUGAAAUCGCUACCGGACUCAUUCGUUGCUUGGCUCAAUCCCGGAAUGGGUUUGAUGCUUAGAUUUCAAGCGCGUUGCAUGGAGCUUAUAUUGUCUGUUAUUGAGAGUCACAAUGCUACUGGUGAUGAGAAGAAUAAAGUCAAGUUUGCGCAUCCGACGUUUUUUCAUGAUGUUUUGAAUAGCAAUUUGCCGCCGGAAGAAAAGAGUGCGGAGCGAUUAGCGCAGGAGAUUCAGGUCGUGAUUGGCGCUGGAGGCGAAACGGUCGCCAAAGCUUUGAGUUGGAUUACCUAUUAUCUUUUGGAGAAUCCAAAGACUUUGGAGAAGCUUAAGGCCGAACUUGAAGAGAAAGAUCCGAAUCAGAAUGCAUCAUUGGCAGAUUUGGAGAAGUUGCCUUACUUGACCUCUGUUAUGCUGGAGGGACUUAGACUUUCAUACGGUGUUAGCACACGACUAGCCAGAAUUUCUACGGACCACGCCCUACAGUUCAGAGAGUGGACUAUCCCAGCAGGAACCCCCGUUAGCAUGACAAGCGUCUUCAUGCACCACAACGAAACCAUAUUCCCAAACUCAUACGAGUUUGUGCCCGAACGAUGGAUGGAUCUGGAAAAACGCAAGUACCUUGAGAAGUACAUGGUCGCUUUUACCAAAGGGUCCCGGCAGUGUAUUGGAAUGAACCUCGCCCGAUCCGAAAUGCUGCUCGCCUUAUCCAAGGUCUUCCGCGAAGUCGAUUUUGAACUAUACGAAACGACUCGCGAGGAUGUUACCCUUGCGCAUGAACUAUUCCUGCCGUUCCCUAAACUUUCGAGUCAAGGUGUUAGGGUUUUGGUGAAGUGA